GACCACAUCUAUGGCCUGCCAUACCACACUGAGGUGUUACAUCACUCUGACCCAGUCUCUCCACCUGACGAUGAGUGGCGCCCCAUCUGGUCCAGCAGGCACUGGGAAGACUGAAACCACCAAGGACCUGGGCCGUUCCCUAGGCAUCAUGGUCUAUGUAUUCAACUGCUCCGAACAGAUGGACUACAAGUCCAUAGGGAACAUCUAUAAAGGUCUGGCCCAGACGGGUGUGUGGGGCUGUUUUGAUGAGUUCAACAGGAUCUCUGUGGAGGUGCUAUCUGUGGUGGCAGUACAGGUCAAAACCAUACAGGACGCCAUCAGGAACAAGAGACAGAGGUUCUAUUUCCUAGGUGAGGAGAUUGAGCUGAGGCCGACUGUAGGGAUUUUUAUCACUCUGAACCCAGGCUAUGCUGGGAGAACUGAACUACCAGAGAACCUCAAGGCCUUGUUCAGGCCGUGUGCAAUGGUGAUUCCUGACUUUGAGUUGAUCUGUGAGAUCAUGCUGGUGGCUGAGGGAUUCAUCGAUGCUCGCCUGCUCGCACGCAAGUUCAUCAGCCUGUACACGCUCUGCAAGGAGCUGCUCUCUAAACAGGACCACUAUGACUGGGGCCUGAGGGCCAUCAAGUCAGUGCUGGUGGUGGCUGGAUCACUGAAGAGAGAGGACAGGAGCAGACCAGAGGAACAGGUCCUGAUGCGAGCGUUGAGGGACUUUAACCUUCCUAAAAUAGUAACCAGUGACGUCCCCAUAUUCCUGGGUCUGAUCAGUGACCUGUUUCCCCUGCUGGACGUCCCCAGGAAGAGAGACCCAGAGCUGGAGACAGCUGUACGACAUCUACACCUGCAGCCUGAGGAAAACUUCAUACUCAAGGUGACUCAGUUGGAGGAGCUGCUGUCUGUCAGACACUCAGUGUUUGUAGUGGGAGGAGCUGGGACGGGGAAGAGCCAGAUCUUGAAGACCCUCCACAGAACCUAUGCUAACCUGAGGAUGAAGCCUGUGUGGCACGACAUCAACCCUAAAGCUGUGACCACAGAUGAACUGUUCGGCUAUCUACACCCUGCUACCAGAGAAUGGAAGGACGGCCUGUUCUCCUCCACUAUGAGGGAGCUGACACGACAGGUGGGCCAUGACGGGCCCAAGUGGAUAGUUCUGGAUGGAGACAUAGACCCCAUGUGGAUAGAAUCCCUCAACACUGUCAUGGACGACAACAAGGUGUUAACCUUGGCCAGUAAUGAGCGUAUCAGUCUAUCUUCCUCCAUGCGGCUGCUUUUUGAGAUCAGCCAGCUAAGAGCUGCAACCCCAGCCACAGUCUCCCGCGCUGGGAUACUAUACGUCAAUCCACAAGACCUGGGCUGGAGCUCGUACGUGACAAGUUGGAUUGACACCAGGCAGGCCCAAUCAGAGCGAGCCAACUUGACCAUCCUGUUUGACAAGUACGUUCCCUACUGCCUGGAGCAGGUCCGCUGUAACCUCAAGACCAUCACUCCUAUACCUGAGAACAGCAUGGUGCAGACGCUGUGUUCCUUGUUGGACUGCCUGCUGACAGAAGACAACACUCCUCCUGACUCUCCCAGAGAACUCUAUGAGAUCUACUUUGUCUUCGCCUGCGUCUGGGCCUUUGGAGGAGCUCUGUUCCAGGACCACUUGAUAGACUAUCGUGCUGAGUUCAGUCGCUGGUGGUCGAAGGAGAUGAGAGCGGUGAAGUUCCCUUCGCAGGGCACAGUGUUCGACUACUUCAUAGACUCAGACACUAAGAAGUUCACUCCCUGGAGUGAGAGGACGCCCCGGUUCGAGCUGGAGCCUGAAGUCCCCCUACAGACGGUGCUAGUCCACUCGGCAGAGACCAUCUGUCUGACGUACUUCAUAGACCUGCUGCUGCAGAGAGGGAAGCCUGUGAUGUUGGUGGGGAACGCUGGAGUUGGGAAGACCAUCCUGGUGUCUGAUAAAGUAGCCAAGCUAAAGGAGGACUACAUGGUGGCUAAAGUCCCCUUCAACUACUACACCACCUCGGCUAUGCUACAGCGUGUGUUAGAGAAGCCUCUAGAGAAGAAGGCAGGGCGUAACUAUGCUCCUCCUGGAACCAAGAAACUCAUCUACUUCAUAGACGACCUCAACAUGCCUGAGGUGGAUGUGUAUGGUACUGUCCAACCACACACACUCAUACGCCAGCACCUGGACUACAACCACUGGUAUGACAGACAGAGGCUGGUGCUGAAAGAAAUCCAUAACUGCCAGUACAUCACCUGUAUGAACCCUACAGCAGGGAGCUUCUCAGUGAACCCCAGACUACAGAGGCAUUUCUCAGUGUUUGCAGUUCAUUUCCCUAGCGCUGAGGCACUAGCCACCAUCUUCACUAGCAUCCUGUCAGCCCACUUCCUCCAGGGGGGCUUCAGCUACGGCGUCUCGCGCUCUGUAGGAACACUAAUACAGGCAGCCAUCUGUCUCCAUCAGAAGAUCAGUCAGAACUUCCUCCCCACGGCCAUUCGCUUUCACUAUAUCUUCAACCUAAGGGACCUCUCCAACAUCUUCCAGGGUAUUCUGUUUGCCCUGCCAGAUUGUGUGCGUUACCCCAUAGACCUGGUCCAUCUGUGGCUCCAUGAGUCGUCCCGGGUGUACUCUGACAAACUGAUGGAGGAGAAGGAUGUGGAACUCUUCAACAAGAUCCUACUGGACACUGGCAAGAGAUACUUUGAGGGUAUAGAUGAGUCUAUGUUCAUCCACCAGCCCCUGGUGUACUGUCACUUUGCCCAUGGGGUGGGGGAGCCCAGGUACCACCAGGCAUCAGACUGGGAGAAGCUCCAGAAGACCCUGACUGAUGCUCUGGAACACUACAACGAGCUGCAUGCUGUCAUGAACCUGGUGCUGUUUGAGGAGGCCAUGCAGCAUGUGUGUCGUAUCAGUCGUAUCCUGGAGGCCCCCCAUGGUAAUGCUCUGCUGGUGGGGGUGGGAGGCAGUGGGAAGCAGAGUCUGUGUCGCCUCGCUGCCUUCCUCAGUACCCUGGAGGUGUUCCAGAUUACACUGAGGAAAGGCUACGGAAUACAUGACCUACGGAGUGAUAUAGCAGCGCUGUAUAUCAAGGUGGGGGUGAAGAAUAUUGGGACAGUCUUCCUCCACACAGACGCCCAGAUCCCAGACGAACGCUUCCUGGUCCUCAUCAACGACAUGCUGGCAUCAGGGGACAUCCCAGACCUGUUCAGUGAGGAGGAAGUGGAUAUGAUCGUCACGUCCAUCCGUAUGGAGCUAAGAGGACUGGGCCUGAUGGACAACAGAGACAACUGCUGGGCCUUCUUCAUCGAGAGGAUACGCCGACAACUCAAGGUGGUCCUGUGUUUUUCCCCGGUAGGGUUCACCCUGCGUACCCGUGCUCGUAAGUUCCCGGCCCUGGUCAACUGUACGGCCAUAGACUGGUUCCACUCCUGGCCUCAGCUGGCCCUACAGUCUGUCAGCACCACCUUCAUAGAGAAGAUACCUGACUUGGAGCCGGAUGUCCGUGCGUCCAUCAGUGAGUUUAUCUCCUACGCCCAUACCAGUGUUAACGAGGUGAGUGUGAAGUACCAGCAGAAUGAGAAGCACUUCAACUACACCACUCCCAAGAGCUUCCUAGAGUUUAUGAAGCUGUACGGUAACCUACUGGGGACAAAACGCAGAGAGCUCACCCAGAAGAUGGAGAGACUGGAGAACGGCCUGCAGAAACUACAGACCACAGCCUCACAGGUGGAGGAUCUGAAGGCUAAGUUAGCGGUCCAGGAAGUAGAGUUGUGGCAGAGGAACACAGACACAGAGGCGCUCAUCUCUAAGAUCGGCCAACAGACAGACAAACUCAACCAGGAGAGGGCUGUGGCAGACGCAGAGGAACAGAGGGUAGGAACCAUCCAGGCUGAGGUGACCACGCAACAACAGCAGAGUGAAAAGGACCUGGCUAAGGCUGAACCUGCCUUACAGGCAGCUAACGCAGCCCUCAACACACUCAACAGGCUGAACCUGACAGAGUUGAGGACGUUCCCUAACCCCCCAGCCAUAGUGACUAACGUGUCUGCUGCUGUCAUGGUGCUACUGGCUCCUCAUGGUAAAUUACCCAAAGACCGCAGCUGGAAGGCAGCAAAAGUUGUCAUGAGCAAGGUGGAUGACUUCCUACAGGCGUUGGUGAACUUUGACAAGGAGCACAUCCCUGAGGCGACAGUGAGGUGUGUGAGAGAUGAGUUCCUCAGUGACCCAGAGUUUAACCCUGAGUUUGUCAGACUCAAAUCCUCUGCCGCCGCUGGCCUCUGUGCCUGGGUCACCAACAUCAUACGCUUCCACGAGAUGUAUGUGUUCUGUGAGGUGGAGGUGAAGAAGCUGUGUCUGUCUCAGGCUAAUGCUGACCUGGCUGAGGCUGCAGACAAACUAGAAGCCAUUAGGAAGAAACUAGCUGAGUUGGACAGUAGUCGGGACACCCUGACGGCUGCGUUUGAGAAGGCUACCUCUGAGAAGCUUCGCUGUCAGGACGAGGUCAACCACACCAACAAGACCAUCGAACUGGCCAAUCGCCUCGUCAAAGGACUUGAGUCGGAGAAUGUGCGUUGGGCCCACUCUGUAGCUGGGUACCAUGAGCAGGAGGAGACUCAGUGUGGAGACAUUCUGCUGACUGCAGCCUUCAUCUCCUACGCUGGAUCCUUCUCUAAGAAGUACCGCAGAGAACUCCUGGAGAACCUCUGGAUGCCCUUCCUACGUGGCCAGAAGAUCCCCAUCCCAAUGACAGAGGGGUUAGAUCCAGUGUGUAUGCUGACUGAUGAUGCUACCGUGGCUCAGUGGAACAACGAGGGGUUGCCGGGAGACAAGAUGUCCACUCAGAACGCCACCAUCCUCACCAACUGUGAACGCUGGCCACUGCUCAUUGACCCCCAACUGCAGGGCAUCAAGUGGAUCAAGAUUCGCUAUGGCAACAGCCUCAAGGUUGUCAGCCUGGGAGAGAAAGGGUAUGUGGAUGUGAUAGAGCAGGCAGUGGUGACAGGAGACACUGUUCUCAUAGAGAAUCUGGAGGAGACCAUCGACCCUGUCAUAGACCCUCUACUGGGACGACACACCAUCAAGAAGGGCAGUUGUAUAAAGGUGGGGGAUAAAGAGUGUUUCUUCCACCCAGCGUUCAGACUGAUCCUCCACACUAAGCUGGCUAACCCCCACUAUAAGCCUGAGAUCCAGGCCCAGACCACCCUCAUCAACUUCACUGUUACAAGAGAUGGCCUGGAGGACCAGCUGCUGGCCCAGGUGGUCAAUCUGGAGAGGCCCGAUCUCGAGCACCUCAAGAGUGACCUGACCAAGCAGCAGAACCUGUUUAAGAUCGAGCUGAAGCUGUUGGAGGAUGAACUGCUGGGGCGUCUCUCUGCUGCUGAGAGCAACUUCCUAGGAGACAACGUCCUGGUGGAGAAACUAGAGACCACCAAACACACGGCCGCAGAGAUCGAGAUGAAGGUUCUGGAGGCGAAGGUGAACGAGGUGAAGAUCAACGAGGCUAGAGAACACUACCGCCCCGUAGCGGUCAGAUCCUCUCUGCUCUACUUCAUCAUGAAUGACCUCAACAAGAUCAACCCCAUGUACCAGUUCAGCCUCAUUUAACCUUUAUUUAUACAGGCGUUUAACGUGGUGUUCCACAAGGCGGUGGAGCAGGCAGAGGUGUGUGAGGACGUGAGGAGCAGAGUUAACACUCUAAUAGACGACAUC